GCGGAUUGGGCGGUUCCACAUGGAGGAAACGUACAGGUACUUCGGGCGAGCGAGCCGUCUUGUUGGACGAGCUGAUGCGACUUGGUGGAUCUAUAAGAAGGGGACGACGGUGCUGAGGUGAAACUCUGUCAACCGGAUAACCAUACCGUCUCUUCUCUGUCUCUCUCUCGCUCUCUCGCUCUUCCCUCUGGCAUCAUAAAACCCUCACUCACAGACCCGGGACCUAUCAUCUCAACCUCCCUAUCCUCCAUCCUCUCCCCGCUCCCCCCUCGGAAACCCCACGCAUUAAAAACAUCCAACACCACCACCCCAUGGCCACCACCACCGCCACCCAAAAAACCAUCGUCACAGUCCUCUACCCUUGCAAGCACGACGCCCGCUUCGACCUCGACUACUACCUCACGACGCACAUGCCGCUGGUCAAGCAGCACUGGCAGAAGCACGGCUUGCAGUCGUACCGCGUCGUGCAGAUGCAGGCGGACGCGCCCUACAGCAUCAUGGCGCAGAUGGAGUUUGCGAGCGGCGAGGCGUUUGGAAUGGCGGUGCGGGAUGAGGAGGCGAUGGGGGAGAUACGGGCGGAUGUGGUGAGGUUUAGCAGUGAGGAGCCGGUGAUUGUUAGGGGGGAGGUUGUGGGGGGUUGGGUGGAUGGGGGAGAUGGCAGAUAGGGUGUUGAGGGGGUGGAUGUUGGGUUUUGUAGGUUUCGAUGGCUGGAUCUGAGGGGAAGUUGGGAUCAGUGUUACUGGUAUAAGAUGGGGGAAUUCUCGAUGUGGAAAGCGGCCAUUGAGUAGGAGUACCAGAUAAUCUACUGUGGUUCAAUCCGAAACUGGCAGGACUGCCCCAUCUGAAGCUCGCAAAUGAAGUCGGGUCUGGAGAUGUCUAGGUGGAAGUACUGUGGUAUGUGUGAAUGAGGAUG